AUGAAAUUCACUCUUCUGUGCGCUCUUUUUGGAGGUAUUUCGGCGGUUGUCCUGCCGGGUGCUGAGAUCACUGGACUUGUUAAUGCCCACAAUUCAUUCCGUUCUCAGUUGGCCUUAGGAACGUAUAAAGCAAAAGAUGGGACACCAUUUGCUUCAGCCACCAAUAUGUUGUUGAUUCAAUGGAACUCGACUUUGGCGACAAGUGCCUCGAACUAUGCGGCCACUUGUUCAUUUCUGACUCAUUCGGGCACAAGUGGAGUCGGCGAGAAUCUCUACAUCACGACGAGCAGUGUUAUCACGGGAAUAGGGGCUGCUUCCAGCAAUUCGUGGGCUAAUGAGUUCUACAAUUUUGGACCGAAAGGCUAUGUCUACUGGUCUUCGGGCAAUAACUCGACUGGACAUGCUACACAGAUGGCCUGGGCAACCACAGGGACCGUUGGUUGUGGAUAUGCGACUUGCUCGAAUGGUCCAACUGGAUGGACAUCAUACACAAUUGUCGUCUGUCAAUACUAUCAACAAGGAAACUGGGGAGGACAACAGGCGUAUGCCCAGGGAACCACAUGCUCCCAAUGUCCAUCUGGGACGACAUGUCAGACGAGCACUGGUCUCUGCGCAAGCGGAAGUGGAGCCACGACGACCCCAUCCUCCAUCACCACAGUCAAAACGACUACAGCUCAAGGAGCCGGCACACCUUGUCAACAGUGUGCCCGCAACGUGGACACUCUCAACGAGCAGUACUAUCCUAAUCUGGGAACGGUCUCUUUUACCUACAGAACUGACCCAGCCAACGGCAAUUGUUUGAUCGCCGAUUGGUACUGCAAAGUCGACGCUCCCUAUCAAACGGCCGGCUUCCAACUGUACACUGGCGGUCCAAGCUACAUGACUCAAGUAUUGGAUUAUAACAACAUUGUCGGCAUCACCUAUUUGGGCGCCAACGACACGACCGCUAACGGCAAAUACAAGCCGUUUGUGUGCAACAGUGCAUCCCAAUGGAGCUUCAACGGAGUGAGUGAUCUUGUCUUGGAUUGCUUCGCCUACAGU